GCGAGCGGGCCGGGCCCCGGGGCUGGGCUGGGCUGGGCACCGCUCUCCUCGGCAGGGCUACGGGGACCCCGGGGCGCUGCCGGGCGGCGGCGGAGGGUGCCUUGUGUGGGUCACGGCGGGUCCUCGUCGCGGACUCCGCUGCUCUCCAGGGCCGACUCUUUCCCUCUCGACGGCCCCUCUGCCCUCGGGCUUUGGCUGCUCUGGGAAAUUGCCUUUUAUUUUAUCGUCUUUUAUGCUUUUUUUCUUCCCAAUUGAAACUCGUGCUCUUGACCCGAAUCAGGACUUUGGUAAGGAGCCGGCGGAGCCUUCUCAAGGUUUAGCAAAAGCAGAGCACCUGGGAACAUGGCCCCACAAGAGAGAGGAACCAUCAACAGCUCCAUCAGUGACAAGCAAGAACAUAACUCUAGUCGUGUUAUUGCAAUUGUUUUCCUGGCACUCUUCAUUGACUUGUUGGGAUUUGCUCUCAUCUUGCCACUGUUUCCUUCCAUCCUUGAUUAUUACAGCCAGACUGAGGAUGGAUUCUACUUGUCAUUGCAACGUGGUGUGGACUGGUUUGCAGUGAUGGCUGGGAUACCUCCAGAGCGUAAAUACAACAGUGUCUUAUUUGGAGGUCUGAUUGGCUCAAUCUUUUCCAUCCUACAGUUUUUCUCCUCUCCCCUCACUGGUGCUAUGUCGGACUGCUUGGGGAGGAGACCUGUCAUCUUGAUGACAAUGAUAGGUUUGAUAACAUCAUACUCACUAUGGGCUGCCUCUAGGACUUUUGGCGUUUUUCUUCUCUCCAGGAUCAUAGGUGGAAUAAGCAAAGGGAAUGUAAGCCUCUCCACAGCUAUAGUUGCUGACUUGCACUCUCCAAAAGCACGGAGCAAGGGCAUGGCAAUGAUUGGUGUUGCUUUCUCCCUUGGUUUUACCCUGGGUCCCAUGAUCGGAGCUUACCUGGUGAUGGAGACAGAGAAAGGAGAAGUAUUCUAUCUCCGUUCAGCGUUGGUAGCACUCAUGUUUGCUGUGGCUGAUUUAAUUUUCAUCUUCUUCCUGCUUCCGGAGACACUUCCCAAAGAAAACCGGGUCUCUUCUGUGACAUCUGGAUUUCAGGCAGCAGUUGACUUGCUCAGUCCUUUGGCUUUAUUUCGGUUCUCUGCAGUCACCCGAGGAAAGGAAUCCCCUUCAGAGGAGAAUCUUCAGAAUCUCAAAAUCUUGGGCCUGGCAUAUUUCCUGUACCUUUUCCUGUUUUCCGGCUUGGAGUACACACUGAGUUUCCUCACUCACCAGAGAUUCCAGUUCAGCAGCAUGCAGCAGGGCAAGAUGUUUUUCUUUAUUGGAAUAACAAUGGCUGUGAUCCAGGGAGGCUAUGCUCGCCGAAUCAAGCCAGGAAAUGAAAUCAGAGCUGUAAAAAGGGCUAUUAUAUUGCUGAUUCCAGCUUUCCUGCUAAUUGGAUGGGCUGCAAAUGUGGCCAUGCUGGGUGCUGGACUGCUGCUGUACUCUUGUGCUGCAGCCAUUGUUAUCCCGUGUUUGUCAGCAGUGGUGUCGGGCUACGGCUCUGCCAGCCAGAAGGGGCGAGUGAUGGGGAUCCUGCGGAGCCUGGGCGCCCUGGCCAGAGCCCUGGGACCGAUCCUGUCAGCUACUGUUUACUGGCUGGCAGGGGCCGAGGUUUGCUUCAGCCUCUGUGGUGCUUUCUUCCUCGUGCCCUUUGCUUUACUUGGUUCUAUAAAAGAGCCGCUGAAGGAGGAGUAGGAAGGAACCACAGAACUAUCACUGGCUUCCCAGGACCGCUCCUCGACCUGACUCUCAGCACCCAACUCUGCUGUUCAAAGAGGAAGAGGAGGACUUUGAUCUUCUGAAAGGGGCUACUCCAUAACCACUCACAGCAACAGCAGACUUCAGGUCUCCUACAGCCCCGCCAAGCUCCGUGUCUCGUGACUUCCCAGCCUGCUUGGCUGGUUUCACAAAUAGAAGAACCACUCCCAAACCCGUGGAGUAAAGCACUGAGCCUGUCAGCCAAGCAGGGCUGUCACAGCAGCAGCACGGCCCCUGCUACCACAACUCUGCCAAGCGUGGGUGAAGUUGCAGCGCCCACUGUGCUCGGCUCUGCUCCUGUCCCAGUCCUCAGCCUCCACUGCCAUGGACUGACUGAUCUGUGCCUGGCUACCAGAGAACAGACCCCAGGGGGCUCACACCAGGUACUGCUGCAGUUGGCACCCUAAGGUGCAGGGGGCCUGGUAACAGCUUGACCACCUGCCUUAAAACAUGACAGUCAAACCCAAACAGCAGCUGCAGGCUCCCCCAGCCAGGGAGAGACUGUUUUUAAUACACAAUUAAAUUGAGAGAUGUUUUAUAUUUCUGAUUCUCUGUGAUGGUUUCUGCUGACCCAGCAGUGUUCCUUUUGCAUUAUAAAUAAACUCUUCCCUCAGACACUGCUCUGCUCAGUGAAUCACAGUGAAGACAUGACAGCCACCUCACCCUGGCAAAGCCCUGUGGGGACCAGAACUCCCUGCAGUGCCCAGUACCUCCUGGGGUACCCUCCCUCCAGUGGGGCCACCUGGGUGCUGCCCCAGGAUGAGCCCUGCACCCAGUGGGAAUACAUUAAAGCAACCAUUAAUCAACACAUUAACCACUGAAAGAAAAAGGGACAAAUUAAACCCGACAGGCUACAGCUGUAGAAUAAAACUGCAUAAAGGUUUGAAAGCAGAGCAUGAAGGUUUUAAGACUUUUAUUUGUGAGUAGAACUUAAUGAUACAAGAGAAAGAAAAAUACAGGACUUUAUUCUACCCCGAAGUGUGUAACCAUAGCAUACAUGACUACAUUUCAUACUGUAAUACAAAGAAUUAAAAGAACAAACUACAAAAUUAGAAAUUAAAGAGUCAUUGCAUACAUGGUCGAGAGAAAUGGAGGGACACCAUUAAAGAACUGAAACAUACAGCAAUUAGUCACUGAAUUAGGACCCUGCGCUAGAACACGAUUCAGCAAAGUGAGCGCUGCACUCUUAGAGUGGGCAGAAGGGACACAAGGUUCAAGCACACGUGAAGCCGCUGCGGCCCUGGGCAGUCACCGGCCUUACUUUGGCACCGACCCCACUUCCAAGUCUCUUUUCCACACCCAAAGCUCCCAUUUCCCCUUCCAUCUCCCAGCCUGAGCUGUGCCCCUGCUCUGCCGCAGCAGCGUAAGGCAUUAGUUUGCUGCUAUUUUACCAACUGCAACGUUUGCUAUUGUUCUAAGAGGUGAGAGCCACAUCCCAUUUUCAACAGCCGCUUGCCGUGAGUCAGCGUGUUGCCCUCUCCUCGCAGGGCUCUCAGCGUUUGCUGCUGCUGAACCAGAAACACUGACAUGAGGAACCGAACGGGUUCCAGCCCUCCCUAUCCCACCUGGCACUACUGUUAGGACGGGUGACAGACAGAAGCAUGGCAGUGACUGGGAAAUAGUGAAUUCAGUGGCAAAAAGUGGUUUUCUUUACCAUGCUACAUAUUAAACAAACAUUUAUAGCAAACUGUGAAAAUACACCUUUUAAGGUUACUUGGGGUUUCUGUACUUCACUGCUGGCAACAAAAAUAAAAUAUUAAAGAAACACCA